AUCUGGGGAGGGACACGGAGGACACAACACGAACAUUUUCCUCUGUGAAUGAAUCAGACAUUAACCUUUUUAUUUUUGUCUCCCUAAAUUGUUUGACCUACGACCUCUUUUAGGGUUCUUCACAAACCCUAAAAUUGGAAUUGACAGGAACGUACAUUCUCAUUCUACGUUAUUUUACUAUCAGAACACGCACCACAGUCUGAUCUCAACUUCAACUGGGGCAAUUCAAUUCAAUUCAAUUCAAUUCAAUUGUUGAAAGAUAACCAUGACUUAUUACUAGCUUAUUGAGAUUCGGGAAUUUUCCCCUUGGUUCAUCAAAAACAGAGGAAUUGGAAGAAAAUUAAAAAAAGAGAUGUACCUGAAGAAGCCGUUGUGGAGUGAAGGGAUCGAAAUAGGGAAAGGGGAUUCAGAUGCAAAGGCACUGGAUUAUGGUGGUGGAGUGGGUGAGCUCGUGAACUCACUGCACCAGCAGAGAGUAUACAGAGAAGUUACUCUUGCUCUCAGAACAGGUCUCAGAGAUGCGCGUGCUGAGUUUUCAUUUCUCCGUGUCCGUGCUCUUCGUUCCAUUCUCAAGUUUCUUCGAUCCGUUGCUGAGUCUGACUCAACUAUUAACCUCUUUAACCAAACUCAAUCUAUUCCUCAACUUCAAGUGGUUCCGGUUCUCUUUCAGCACUCGCUAAAAGAGACAGUGGAUGAUUAUGGUGACAAUAGGGUAGGAGAUUUGAGUCAUAUAUUUGGGGUGGAACCAAUUAAGUUAACUAGUCCAUCAACGGAUGCUGAAGUUGCGCUUGCACUCAGAGUCUUGGAAGGAUGUUGUUUGCUUCAUCCACAGAGUACAGCUUUGGCCCAUCAACACAAUGCUAUUCGGAUUUUAAUGAAUAUAUUAUCCACUCGCGGAGUACUUGAGCAAGGUGCAUGCUUAGAUGCUCUAAUCUCUUUGAUGGUGAAUUCGUCAUCCAAUCAAAUGGACUUUGAGAAAUGCAAUGGUAUCAUGGAAGUUGCCGACCUUCUAAGAGACAAACAAGUGGAUGAAAAUCUCAGGUUAAAAUGUGGAGAGUUUUUGUUGCUGCUCAUUGGACAUGUGAGUGGAAGAGAUACGCCACCUUUGGCAACUAUACACGAAGAUACAAGGCGUCUACUUGGGGAGAAAUCAGCCUCAUUGAUAUGGGCAGCCAGUCAUUUUGGCUCAACACUGGAUCCAGACCAGAGACUAACAGCUCUCCAAAUCCAGGCUCGCAGGGUCCUUGAAUCAUUGGACUUAUACUGAGUGUUGAGGAUAAUACCUGCAUUUUUAGUAAAUCGUCAUCUUUUGAUUUGAACAUAUUGGCAGAGAAUGUGCUCCUUUUCGUUUUCAAUUUUUUUUAAAUUAAUGUAUGUAUUCAUUUCCUAGCUAUCAGUUGUUUUUGCAUCUGGUUAAGAUAUAUAUAUAUAUUUUUUAAGUUGUAUGAUUUUAUUCUACAGCAACUACUGAUGAAGUAAAAA